AUGUCCACCCGUUUCAUCGCGAGUUGUGUCCUCGCUUGCGUCGUCCUUGCCGGUGGGGCGAGCGUUUCACCCACAUUUGCGUCCGAAAGCGUCACCGAGAUCGCCGACGGCCAGCCUUGGCAGGUGACCAUGUUCAAUGGCCGGCGCGGCGAAAUGACGUUCAAUCCCGACGGCACGCUCAAGAUGCGCCGUGGUGUGAUGAACAUGCGCGGAAACUGGACUUCCGACGGCGAACAGGUAUGCCUGAACAUGGCCAACAUGCCGCGGCGCUGCGUGAUCUUCGAGAAGACCGCCGACGGCUACAUCGCUGUCAAUGGCGAGAACAUGGCCUUUGCCAUCAGGCGCCCCUGA